AUGACACUCUUAUCAUCUAGGGGCAUCUCCGUGUCAGCAUGGUGUAAUGGACGUGCUUGCACUGGACCCAGCAGUCAGAUCCAGGCCUGUAACAGGAGGUGCUGUCCGCGAAACUGCCAGUGGCACAGCUGGAGUUCUUGGAGCGCCUGUACGGCAACCUGUGGCAGUAGUGGAACCCGGUCCCGAUCGAGGGGCAGGACGUCGGAACAAUGUGGAGGCAGGGGAUGCAGUGGUUCCAGCAGCGAGGCGCAAGCCUGUAACAGGCAGUGCUGUCCUGUGAACUGCCAGUGGAGUUCCUGGGGUUCCUGGAGCUCCUGUUCGGCAAGCUGUGGUUCCGGAACACAGACACGAACAAGGAGCAUUGCUGUGCCAGCAUCUUGUGCAGGAAGAGCAUGUGUUGGAGGCACCACGGAGAGCAAGUCAUGUAACGGGGGAUGCUGUCCUAGAAACUGCCAGUGGCACAACUGGAGCACUUGGAGCGCCUGCACAGCUUCAUGUGGGAACAGUGGAACUCGGAGUCGAACAAGGGGUAACACAACAGAAUAUUGCGGCGGUAGCCAAUGCAGUGGAGACAGCAGCCAGGUGGAAGCCUGUAACAGAGGUUGCUGCCCUCAAAACUGCCAGUGGCACAACUGGAGCUCUUGGAGCGCCUGUACGGCAACCUGUGGGAGUAGUGGAACCCAGUCUAGAACAAGGGGUAGGACAUCUGAAUAUUGCGGUGGAAGUGGAUGCAGUGGUUCCAGCAGCCAGGUGCAAGCCUGUAACAGGCAGUGCUGUCCUGUGAACUGCCAGUGGAGUUCCUGGGGUUCCUGGAGCUCCUGUUCGGCAAGCUGUGGUUCCGGAACCCAGACACGAACAAGGAGCAUUGCUGUGUCAGCAUCUUGUGCUGGAAGAGCAUGUGUUGGAGGCACCACGGAGAGCAAGUCAUGUAACGGGGGAUGUUGUCCCAGAAACUGCCAGUGGCACAACUGGAGCACCUGGAGCGCCUGCACAGCUUCAUGUGGGAACAGUGGAACCCGGAGCCGAACAAGGGGUAAGACAGCAGAAUACUGCGGUGGUAGCCAAUGCAGUGGAGACGGCGACCAAGUGGAAGCCUGUAACAGAGUUUGCUGUCCUCAAAACUGCCGCUGGUUGAGUUGGGGUUCUUGGGGCACCUGUACACAUCAGUGUGGCAACACUGGGACCCGGGAAAGAACAAGGCAAAGACAUUAUAAUUUGCUUGUUUGUUCCUUUGUUUUGCAUGCCAGUAAACCACCUCAUGGCGUAACGCACAAGGUUUGUACUGAAGAAUACAAGCUGUAUAUUCAGAAAGAUGUAUUUGGCCCUAUCACCCUACUUUUAUCAAUACCUAUGGUGGGUUCUUUAUCCUCGCAUAAAGUGUGCCUCUCCUCAAAUAAGGAACUUCAACUAAACGGGCGUUAAUACCACUGCUUUGCUAAUGAGACUAGUGCAAAAUAUAGAAGCGGAAUUGAAGUCUUUUGGUAGCGUGAUGAUAUGAAGAAGAUGAUAGUAACAUGGAAGUUAUGGAUCCACAAUCAUCCGUAC